GCUCAUGGAGCCCUUAGGGUCUUCCCCCUCUGAAGCCACAGAGCCUGGAGGAGCUGCCCGCUUGGUCGCUGGUACCCACGAGUGUGUCCCUCAGGGGCUUAGCUCUGAGGAUCCAAGUCAGCUCAGCUAUGAGGGGAUCAUGUGGCUACGCCUUUGUCCACUCUCGCUGCCCCUGAGCCCCGAGCCCACAGCUGGCCGGAGCCUGUGCCUUCUUCUCUGGAUCCUCAGCUUGUUGCUGAGGGCCAGUGCCCAGGCCCCAGCACCCACAGUCAAUACCCACUUUGGGAAGCUGAGGGGUUCCCGGGUGCCACUGCCCAGUGAGAUCCUGGGACCUGUUGACCAGUACCUGGGGGUGCCCUAUGCAGCACCCCCGAUUGGUGAGAAGCGCUUCCUGCCCCCUGAGCCACCCCCAUCUUGGUCAGGCAUCCGGAAUGCCACGCACUUUCCCCCAGUGUGCCCUCAGAACAUUCACACAGCUGUGCCUGAGGUUAUGUUGCCUGUAUGGUUCACUGCCAACCUCGACAUUGUGGCCACCUACAUCCAGGAGCCCAACGAGGAUUGCCUGUAUCUGAACAUCUAUGUGCCCACAGAGGAU